AUGAUAUUCCCACGUUUGAACUUUUAUCUGAGGGGCAUCAGUAGCUGUGAAACACCAAUACCAUCCGACGAGGAAGAGGAAACAGAAAAAGAAAACAUGGAACCUCCCCCAACUUUAACAGACGCAAUAAAAGGACUAGAAACUGCAUUAGAGCUUUUUGACUGCUUUUCAAGUAAGAAUUUGGCUUCGUCAAGUAAUUGGCUGAAGAAUAAAACACUGUCAAAAACACUUUACAGAAAUCUACAAACCAGGACUCGCUUAAACAGGAAAGCUGCUUAUCCACACCCAGCACUGCCACUCUGGAAUAAAAACAGUCUGUUGAGUUUGUCAAGUACACUUAAUCUACACACUGGUGUGCUGAAACACUCAAGAGAAUUUGAUGAAAGUGUGCCCUCGCAGCCAAGAGUUGGCAGAAAACAUAUAACUGUCUCAGAUAUCAACAAGUUAUUAAACGAUGACAUGGAAAGCUCUCAAGAUAAAGGUGACAUAAAAUCCAAUCUAUCAGUUGAUGACAAAAUAGACAGACUGAAAUUAUCGGAAUAUGAGAAAACAAUGACUCAGCAGUAUUCACAGAAAUAUCAAUCAAAUCAAAGAUUUAGUAAUCGAAAGUUGGAUGAUGAGGUAAUUGAGGAGGAGUUCAUUGAUGAAGAAAGGUCAAAGCCCCAUCACAUUGAUAGAAAUGAAAGAGAGAAAUCAAGGGUUGAUGCUGAUAUAUUUGGUGAUGUUACUGAUGAUUAUAAAAACCGAAAAUUUCAAGAUGAUGAUUAUUUGGAGAUUGAUGCUGAAGAUGAAGAAAUAAUGUUGAGACGAAGACGUUACCCUCCGAUUUGGUAUGCAAAUCGAAUGAAGAAACUUGUGAAGGAUGGAAAACUGAAGGAAGCUAUUGCUAUGCUAGAAAUAAGAAUGUUGAAGGAAGACAGAGUCCAACCAGAAGAAUAUAAUUACAACAUUGUGAUUGGUGCAUGUGGUAGAGCUGGAUAUACAAAGAAAGCAUUCAAACUCUUUAAUGAGAUGAAGAGACGAGGACUCUCUCCCUCAGAGGUCACUUACACAGCUUUGUUUAAUGCAUGUGCCCAGUCGCCAUGGGCAACAACCGAUGGACUCUCUCGGCUCAAUAAGUUAAGAGAACAGAUAAAAGAGAAAGGAAUCCAGCUGAAUCAUAUUACUUACAGAGCUCAAGUCAAAGCAUGUGCUAAAUGUGGUGAUAUACUGUCGGCUUUUAACGUCUUUGAUGAAAUGAUCAUCGCUGGACACUCUCCAUCAGUUGAUAGUUUCAAUGUGCUGUUGAUGGCUUGUAUUGCUGACAAACAUUCUGGAUUUAGAUUAGCCAUUCAGGUUUGGAGACAGAUGUUAUCACGGAGAAUCGAACCAGAGGCUGAAACUUUCAAUUUACUUCUUCGAGCUGUACGGGAUUGUGGGAUUGGCGACGUUGAAGCAGCCAAUCAGAUACUGCUUUACAGUAAGCCAGUAAAAAUGAAGAAAAGAAAGAAAGAGAAAGUAAAAGUAGUUUCUUCAAGGAAAUCCAAGAUGGUAAGAAAUGUUGAAGAGGAGGAUACAGGAAAGAAACAUUCAGAAGAAGAGGAUGAUUUGAAAAAUAAUAUGGAAAUGCUAAGUCUAAAAUCAGUGAAGGUUAUUGAGGCAAUCAGUCAAGAAAAUCAUACUAGCACUGAACUGGUGAAAAGUGAUAUCAAAGAUACCGUGGAAACUAAAGAUGUUGCCCUUAGCAACAAACAAGAAGGAAAACUAACUGGGAUUCGUCUUCCAUUUGGGCUGCCUAAUUUGCUAGAUCGCUUCCCAUAUAUUGAUCAGGUUGACAGUUUGAGUGAGUGUCGGACACCGGAAACAAGACUUGCACUGAUUGGUGGUGUUGAUGGCAUGCUGGCUAGAAUGAAAGAGUAUGAUGUGAAACCAAACAUUAAAACUUACACGCUGCUGUUAGAAAGCACACCCAUGACUCUCAAAGCUGAGAAGGAGAUGCUUGUUGUCAUGGACACAGCAGGAGUUUCAGCAGAUAUUGAAUUUUGUAAUUCUAUUAUUAGAAGAAGAACCAAGAGAAAUGACUUGCAUGGAGCAAAGUUAAUGAUACCAGAACUCCAUCAAAGAGGGCUCCAUCCAAAUUUGAGGACAUAUGUGAACUUGGCGUGUGCUUGUUUUGAGAAAGAAGAUGGUCUUCAACUCCUUCAAGAACUAAAGGCAAGUGGAUUAAAGCCCAAUGUGCCUCUAUACGGAGCACUCAUAAAAUCAGCUAACAGAAGAAAAGACUAUGGAUACUUGAUAGAGUUGUUGAAGAAAAUGAAAUCUGAUGGCGUCAAACCGAAUGAAAUCAUUCUGGAACAGUUAGAACGAACAGCAGCAUUUACAACUAAUAUAGCUAAAGGAUAUCAAGGCAGUAAACAUUCACGAUACAUUGGGAUACAAGGUUUCCGUGGUUACUAUAACCAUUGGCUUGAUGAUAUGGAAGUGGAAGAAGAACAUCCAUGGUCAAAAUAUCGGUUAAAUGAGGAUCAAGAGAAGACGCAGUGAUUGGUGUACCAGUUUCAUCAGCAGGGGCCGCCAUUUCCAUUUCACAGUUGUAUAUUCAAUUGGUCAAUCAUAGACAAUAACACAAAUAAUC